GAUGAAAUCACUGGUGUUGUGUCAUUUGUGACUAGAUUCGAUGAAGAAAACCAAUCAUCUUCUUAAGCAUGUGGUCCUCUUGGAAAAGCGUCUGUGAGCCGAAUUGCUUCAUAUAUACUACUGCGUAGAUCCAAUUUUGUUAUUAGGAACCACAUCAGUAAAAGUUAGUUGGUAUGGUCUUUCCCGGAUUAGGAGUUUAGUCACAUCCUCUCUUCAUUCUCUGCUUCCUUUCUUUCAUGUGAAAGAGAUGCUGGAUCUACUGUCUCUAAUUCAGCAUCUGCUUUCAAUUAUUUCAUAGCCUCCCGUCAGGAGCUAACUUUAGAGCUGGUUCAAGAGCAACUAAGGAAAAUCCAUAUAGUUGGGAGCCUAGAUUGCCUCCACUGGAACCUUGUCCUUUAUCUAGUGGAAAGACUCUACUGGAAUGUACUACACUGGAAAUGUAUCGAACCUGUAAUCUAUCACAUCCUAUGCAUGGAACGCAACUACAACUUGAACUCAACCCCUAGCACUGAACCUCCAAAAGGGGAACCGGCUAGCCUCUAUCCUUAGGACCUAGAAUCUGCUCGGGGUUGGAUAAUCUAUCAAAUGCUGAUUAAAUCAGACUGCGAAACACUGAAUGAAUCCUACCGACUCUGCUUGAACAAGCUAAAGAGAAGACUUUGUCGCCGACGACCAACCUUCCCCGUAGGCUAUCUGCAUCUUUUGUGUUUCUGUUUCUGCCGUAGAAACCAGAACUGAGAAUCGGAGAUUGCUGACUUUUCCGAUCUAUUUGCGCCGUACAGAAAGAGCUUCGCCGCCUGAUUUGGCUCACUGAGGGAAUCAAAGGCAUGGCGGGGCCUCGUAGAGACAAAGGACAGCCGUUUCGCUUGUCUCGUAUUGCCAUAGCCAUUUUGAUCGGAGUUUCUCUUGGUUGCGUCUUCGCUUUCUUCUUCCCACACGGGCUGCUCAGCUUGAGUCCCUCUGUCCCAAAUCGCCGAAUUGGGAAAUCCAGUCUCCAGGUUGCCUCUUCUUCAUGUGAGUCACCAGAGCGGAUCAAGAUGCUGAAGUCAGAAAUUGUAGCACUGUCAGAUAAGAAUUCUGAGUUAAAAAAGCAGGUAAGGGAGCUGACGGAAAAGCUAAGGUUAGCUGAACAAGGAACAGAUCAAGCACAGAGGCAGGUUUUGGUGUUGGGUGAGCAACACAAAGCUGGGCCCUUUGGUACUGUCAAGGCUUUGAGGACUAGCCCUACUGUUGUUCCUGAUGAAUCUGUGAAUCCGAGAUUGGCCAAGAUCUUGGAUAAAGUUGCUGUUAGGAAAGAGGUUAUAGUUGCGCUUGCAAAUUCAAAUGUCAAGGAGUCAUUGGAGGUCUGGUUUUCUAACAUCAAGAGAGUUGGCAUACCCAAUUACCUAGUUGUUGCAUUAGAUGACCAGAUUGCAGAUUUCUGCAAAUCAAAUAAUGUUCCAGUGUACAAGAAAGACUUGGAUAAGAGUAUUGACACCGUUGCCAGAACAGGAGGCAAUCAUGCUGUCUCUGGAUUGAAGUUUCGCAUCUUAAGGGAGUUUUUGCAACUUGGUUACAGUGUUCUUCUCUCUGACAUUGAUAUUGUAUACUUACAAAACCCAUUUGACCAUCUUUAUCGGGAUUCAGAUGUGGAAUCCAUGUCUGAUGGUCACAACAAUAUGACAGCUUAUGGUUUCAAUGACGUCUUUGAUGAAAUUGCCAUGGGUUGGGCUCGUUAUGCUCAUACGAUGAGGAUUUGGGUUUACAACUCUGGUUUCUUCUAUAUAAGGCCUACGAUUCCUGCAAUUGAACUUUUGGAUCGUGUUGCUCAUCGGCUUGCUACACAGUCAAACGUAUGGGACCAAGCAGUUUUUAAUGAGGAACUCUUUUUUCCUUCACAUCCUGGAUAUGAGGGACUGCAUGCUGCCAAGAGAACUAUGGAUAUGUAUAUGUUCAUGAACAGCAAGGUCCUCUUCAAAACAGUAAGGAAAGAUGCUAAACUAAAGAAGUUGAAGCCUGUUAUUGUUCAUGUAAAUUACCAUCCGGAUAAACUUGCUAGAAUGAAAGCAAUUGUAGAAUUCUAUGUUAAUGGCAAACAAGAUGCACUCGAUCGCUUCCCAGAUGGCUCGAACUAGUAGAACCACGGAGUAUCUAUCUCUCUAGCCCAUGAAUGGACUCAUCAGUUCAUGGUAUCCACUCCAUGGAGGUAGUGUAGUCUGUUUCCAUCACUGGAGAGCAAUGUGAAGCGGCUUUCUUCAUCAACCCUAUCCAGUUUCUGUCAAACUUCACUAGAGCAUGCAGUCACGCACUUGCAAUCAUAUACAUUAGCUCUUCGAAAUUGUAUGCUGACAAAUCUUAUUAAUGCUUCAUUGUCUUUCAUUGUAAGGAUUUCACUGGUUUUGAAUUCUCUCUCUUAGAAUAUGGCUUCUUUGUUGUUCAUGUCGACCAAAAUUUCCUUUUCUUGUUUGAUUUACCAUGAAACCUGGGAAAUGAGUUGAUCAAAUGCAAUCAGUU